CAAACCGGUGUUGGAGCCCGCAGGAGAGCACCAUUCAGACUGCCAGGAGAAACCCACCUCUGCCGCCGCCUUUGGUGUUUUGUCCUGCUGUACUCGAGUCAACCAUCCCAGAUCCAAAGUUUUCUCGUCUGCUCGCGCUCAUGGAAAGAAGGAGCAACUUUAGGUGAAACGGCGCAUCAAGUGAAACGAGGAAAAAAAACAAAAAGAAAAACAAAAACUUGACUACGUGAAGCAGAGAACCAGUUCAGAAAGGAUGGAAACGAAUGGGAUCGAAAAGAAAAAAAACGGUAUGGAGGGCGAUCUGGACCUCCAGUUCCUUCUGCAGGGGGGAGAUCUUCUCAAGGUCCGUUCCCCAUCCUGGAAGAAGACCCGCUACUUCAGGCUCCAGGAGGACUGCAAGACAAUGUGGCACGAAUCCAAGAAAACCUUCAAGACUAACCAGACCUGUGAGUGCUGUCCCAGCAUCCCACCCACAUUCUCACUCGAUGAUAUCUCAGCGGUGAGAAUGGGCCGCCAGUCAGAAGGGUUGAGGAAGUACACAGAGGAGCAGGUGGAGGGACGCUGCUUUUCCAUCAUUUUCAAGGGCCGCCGCAAGAACCUGGAUCUCAUCGCCAGCUCGGAGGAAGAGGCCAAGCAGUGGGUCACCAGCCUGGAGAAAAUCAUCUCCAAAAUAAACAACCUCAGCUGCCAGCAGAAGACAGAGCACUGGAUCUACACCUGUCUGAUGAAAGCAGACAAGAACAAAGAUGAUAAACUGAGCCAGUCCGAGGUUAAGAACUUCCUCCGUCUGAUCAACAUUGAAGUGGAAGACGACUACGCAGAGAUGCUCUUCAAGAAAUGUGACAAAUCAAACUCUGGACACCUGGCUGGAGAGGAGAUCGAACAUUUCUAUGACCUGUUGACCCAUCGAGAGGAAAUUGGCGUGAUCUACGGAGUGUACGCUAAGACCACAGGCUUCAUGAGUCCUGAGAACCUGGUGGACUUCCUGAUAAAAGAACAGAGAGAGAAAGCAACACUGGCAGACGCACACAAGAUCAUCCAGAAGUAUGAGCCGGAUGAAAAUGUCAAGGAGAAGAAGCUGCUGUCCAAAGACGGCUUCCUCAUGUACCUGCAUCAUCCAGAGGCUUUGAUCUUAAAUCCAGAUCACAAGGAAGUGUACCAGGACAUGAGCCAUCCCCUCAACCACUACUUCAUCUCCUCCUCACACAACACCUACCUCAUGGAGGAUCAGCUCAAAGGGCCCAGCAGCACAGAGGCUUAUGUCAGGGCUCUGCUGAAAGGCUGCCGCUGCGUAGAGCUGGACUGCUGGGACGGAUCAGACGAUGAGCCAGUGAUCUACCAUGGCUACACACUCACCUCUAAGAUCCUCUUCAAAGAUGCGAUCAAAGCCAUCAAGGAGUACGCCUUCAAGACGUCCGAUUAUCCUGUGAUCCUUUCCUUGGAGAACCACUGCAGUGUGGAGCAGCAGGAAGUCAUGGCCCGCCACAUGAGCUCCAUCCUGGGCAGUGCACUCGUUACCGCUCCCCUGGGGGAUGGCAUGCCCACAAAAUUCCCAUCUCCAGAGGAAUUAAAGGGGAAGUUCCUGAUCAAAGGGAAGAGGUUAAACAAACUGGAGUCCGUUUUUGCCUCUGAGGCAGCAGCAGCUGAUGACACCGACGUGACGGAGGAGGAAGAUUCAAAUGACGAGGAUGAACAGAAAGAGGAAGAGGAAAGCGAGAAGAAAAAGAAGCUGAAACUAGCGAAAGAGCUGUCAGACAUGGUGAUCUACUGUAAGAGCGUCCACUUCAACGGCUUUGACGACGCCAGAGAAAACCUGAGCUUCUACGAGAUGUCGUCCUUCAAGGAGGGAAAGGCCAUGGAUCUGGCAGAGGAGUCGGCGACUGCCUUCAUCCGUCAUAAUGUGGACAAGCUGAGCCGCAUCUAUCCAGCAGGCACCAGGACGGACUCAUCCAACUACAACCCAGUGCCUUUGUGGAACGCCGGCUGCCAAAUUGUGGCACUAAACUUCCAGACGACCUGCAAUGACAUGGAUGUGAACCAGGGCAGAUUCCUGGUUAACGGAAAGAGCGGCUACAUCCUGAAACCUGCCUACAUGAGGGACAUAGCCACAGAGUUUGACCCCAUCACUCUGACCCGAGGAGACUGGCUGAAGCAUAAGACGCUCCACGUCAUGAUCAUAUCAGCCCAGCAGCUCCCAAAAGUGAACGAGAAGAAAUCCUCCAUAGUGGACCCGCUGGUUAAAGUGGAGGUGUACGGAGUGCCGGCUGAUGUCGCUGAGAAAGAAACCCAUCCUGUUGAAAACAACGGGUUUAACCCUGAGUGGAAUGAAAACUUCCAGUUUGAUGUGUACGUGCCAGAUCUGGCACUAGUGCGCUUCGUUGUGGAAGACCACGACUCCACAUCCGAUAAUGAGUUUGUCGGACAGUACACACUUCCACUCAACAGCUUAAAAAUGGGAUACAGACACGUGCCUCUGCUCAGUAAGAACGGAGACCUUCUGCCCUCUGCCAGGCUCUUUGUGCACGUCAUGGUCGUCGAUGCUGAGUGAGACGUCACUGACUGGCAUGUGCCUCCGCAGGACACUAGGACCUUCCACUACACAGUCAUGUCUUAGCUGUUUUUAAUAAAAUUUUAUACUUGAGAACUAAAGAUUCUCAAGUAUAAAAGAUUGAGAACUAAAGUUCUCAAUCUGGUGUUGUUGUGGGAGGUGAGUAUACACAUGCUGAUACUGUACAUACACACGAGGUUUGCUAGACUUCAUAGCAAACCUCCAGGUGAUUGACACUAUACAGAUGAUUGACACUAUACAGAGUGUUUUAAUUGGUUUCUAUGAGUUGCAUUAGUAUUAUACCAUGUUCAGUUUGCGAUGGCACUGAUUUUUUUUUUUUUUCAGCUUGUGUCCCUCAUUUCUGGUCGGUUAAUGUAUUGUCUAUUUAAAUCUUUCUAUUCAAAUGACCAUUUACCAACAUAAAAACUACAUGCUUUGUCUUCAUCAGUAAGUUUAGUCAUCAAGUAUGACCAUUUUUCAUGUAACAUCAUCAUGACUGCUUCUUUAUCUUUUUAUAAAUCAGGAUGAAGAUAAAAAACAAUAAC